ACUGACAAAUCCCGUCGUCCAAUUUCCUUUUCAUCUCUCCAUAUAGUUGUGCACAUAGCCAAGAAACAGUUCGAUUCAUGUGCUCCCAGCUGCUCCUCCAUCCUUCGAUGAGCUUCAAACUGCUUUCAGUCGUAUUAGCUUCCUUGCUGCUAUCAGCGGCUGCUGCCGCCGCCGCCACCACCACCAGUGGGUCCGGCAACUCGAGCUGCGCGCCGGCGGCAUGCGGGAACCUGAGCAUCACGUACCCGUUCUCGCUCAGCGGCGUGCAGCCGCUCUACUGCGGCUUCCCGGCCUUCGAGCUCACGUGCGCCGCCGACGCCGGCCGCGCCUACCUCGCCAGGACGUUCCGGGACCGCCUGUACCGCGUCCUCAGCAUCUACUACUCGUACAACUCCUUCGUGAUGGCCGUCGACAUCGACUCGUCCUACGUCGGCGACGAGCGGUGCCACAUCCCGGACUUCAACGUGUCCUCCGGCCUCUCCCUCCUGCCGGUCAACGUCAGCGCCGCCGCCAACACGAACCUCAUCUUCGUCUACAACUGCACGCUCCCCCACAACGCCAGCGUGCUGCUGCCGCCGCCGUGCACGAGGCCCAUGAUCGGCGCGUACGUCCCGGACGGCGAGGGCAGCGCGCUGCCGCCGGAGGUCCCGAGCAACUGCAGCUCGGUGAGCGUGCCGGUGCGGCGGUCCUCCUUCCGCAACGCGUCGGAGCCAGCCCGGGAAUACAAGAGAUUGAUCGAGGAAGGCUUCGUCUUGGAGUGGCCGCCGACCGCGGCGGAGUGCGGCGCGUGCACGCGGCGCGGCGGCGAGUGCAGAUUCGUUGAGCAAGCGUUCCGGUGCAUCUGCAGCGAUGGGAGGCCCUGCCGGAAUUCUCGCGGACGCAAGAGGAGCGAUGGGAAGAUAAUACGAAUAGUUUUGAUGGCAGCAGCUGCAAGCUUGCUCUUUCCAUGUAUUUAUGUGAUGGUCUGCCAUCAGAAAGGGCAAAGACUACGGUUACUCCUGGGCAAAAGGGCUAUCAGCAGUACUGAAAGGAACAUUGAGGCUCUAAUAGUAUCCUAUGGAUCCCUAGCUCCAAAAAGAUACAACUACUCACAGGUAAUGAAGGUAACUUCUUUUCUCAGUAAUAAGCUCGGACAGGGUGGUUAUGGAGUGGUUUACAAAGGAAAGCUACGUGAUGGCCGUCUGGUUGCAGUAAAAUUUCUGCAUGACAGCAAAGGUAAAGGGGAGGAGUUCGUGAAUGAGGUUAUGAGCAUUGGCAGGACAUCUCAUGUGAAUAUUGUAAGCUUAUUUGGGUUUUGUUUGGAGCGCUCAAAAAGGGCUCUUAUCUAUGAGUACAUGCCCAAUGGUUCUCUGGAUCAAUACAUUUUCUCUGACAACCCCAAAGAAAAGUUAGGAUGGCAAAAGCUCUACACGAUAGCGAUUGGAAUUGCUCGUGGGCUUGAAUACUUGCACCACAGCUGUAAUACACGCAUUAUACAUUUUGAUAUCAAGCCUCAAAAUAUCCUUCUAGAUCAGGGUUUUCGCCCAAAGAUUGCUGAUUUUGGUUUAGCUAAAUUGUGUCACACUAAGGAGAGUAAACUUUCAAUGACUGGUGCAAGAGGAACAAUCGGAUUCAUUGCUCCUGAAGUCUACUCUCGAACCUUUGGAGUUGUUUCAACAAAAUCGGAUGUUUAUAGUUAUGGAAUGAUGUUGCUAGAGAUGGUUGGAGGCAGAAAAAAUGUGAAAUCUAUGGUUGAGAAGUCAAGCCAAAAGUAUUUUCCAGAUUGGAUUUAUGACCAUUUUGCACUUGAUGAUGGGUUAGAAGCUUGUGAAGUCACAUGUGAAGUUGAAGAAAUUGCUAGAAAGAUGAUUUUAAUUGGCUUGUGGUGCGUACAAGUACUGCCCAUGUUUCGCCCUACAAUAACAGAAGUUUUGGAAAUGUUUGAAAAAGGCUUAGAUGAGUUGGACAUACCGCCAAAGCAAAACUUCAGGCAGAUACCCGAAGAUUCGAUGUGUAUUUUGAGUACAGAAAGCACGGGCUUCAGCAGUCAUACCAAAACACAAGCUUUUAGUGAGGUUGUAAAGACCAAGGAAAUGAGUAUUGUGGGUUCAAAAAACUUAAAACGGCUACCAACUGUGUGACAAGGUCAAGAUGUAGCAUCAGAAUUAGGUAUUUAUCAUAUAUCCGCCAUAAACCAGAAGCAACCAUUUGUUCACAGGUGAGAGGUCAAACCUGAUGUUUCAGCCAUACUCUCUGCUGAAGAAAAGUAUACCAGCCUACUAUAGUGUGUGGUAUUCUUGCAUCUUAGUCUACAUAUUAAGGCCCCAGCUGGGGCCUGGGGGGAAGGAUAUAUAGUCCAAUACAAGUAUUCUUAUAGACCAUCAUCACCCAGAAAUUCCCAAGUAGUGAGCUGUGAGCCCAUCUUUACUGGUGUCAAGCAAAUUAAAGUACAGGCAGAAUGAUGGGCAAUGGGCAUGUUGAAAGGAUGAAGUUGAUAGUAGUCAUGCACUCAUGCCAUCUUUACUGAUGUUCCUUUCAGAUACCAAUUCAUGCAUCUGUUCUGAUGUCUUACCAGUAAAUAUUUCGGUUGCACAAUCACCUUGAAAAAAAAUAAUCGUUCGGACUAAACGCCAAAAUGUA